AUGGCAACUGCCAUAGUUGACAGUCUGCUGGAGCUGCUGAGCACUGCAGGCCAGGCCGAAUACCACGGGGAGAAGGUGUCUCAGUUAGAGCACGCGCUGCAGACAGCGGACCUGGCGCGCCGAGAGGGAGAGAGCGAGGAGGAGGUUCUGGCCGCUCUACUACACGACAUUGGUCACGUGUGGCCCGAGGGAGACGGCGACGGGGAGAGGGAAGUCACGAGUGUUGGUGUCGUUCACCACGCGUCGGUAGGGGCCGCAGCUUUACGGAAAAUGGGCUUCUCGGAGGCUGUCGCUAGUGUCGUCGCCGGUCACGUGAAUGCGAAACGUUACCUCGUCGGUCAAGACACCGAAUACGCCGGGACACUUUCCGAGUGUAGCGUCGAGUCUCUACGGCGGCAGGGUGGCCCCAUGGGCGCUGAAGAAGCGGCAGAGUUCGCGCGCGGUCCGUGGUUCGAGGCGAAGAUAAGAUUGCGAAAGCGGGACGAUCGCGCCAAGAUUCCGGGGGCAAUCGUCCCUGGACUGGACAGUUACCGGGACAUAAUGAUCGCCCACUUGUCUAGCCAACAAAACUGCAAAUAA